AUGGCCGAUCAGAAUCCCUCACAACCUCAAACCAUGGAGCCUCCUCACCAGGCACCGCCCAGCGUCCCCUCUCCCGCCCUAUCCACGCCUGGUUCCGUUCCCAUGAUGAACUCGCCAGUUCCUCUCCUUCGCCCUGCCAUCCCCGGCGGCCGAGGCGGAGGUGCUCGAACACCGAGACUCGGUCUCGCCAUUCCUCCAUCACCAAAUGCGAAACCCGUAAACUCACGACCACCUCUCCCGACCCUUCACCUGGCUACGCCCAUGGGCAGUCAGUCAACACCGUAUGAGCAACCACCGCGCGUGGGAGGCGUAGGACAAUCUGCCAGUGGCGGUAGCGAGAGCAGUGCGGCACACUCGAGAUCUGGAAGCUUCGGCCCCCUGGAUGGUCGAGCUAGCAACCCCACAUCAGCUGGCUCUCAGUACUCGGCGUUGUCCUUUGCCUCACAAUAUGGCUUUGCACGGCCCCAAGGCACCCCCGACCCGUCGUCCGCCGUGGGCUCGAUCUACUCUGAGCGGAGCGAAGGCGGUGUUGGGAUGGAACGAGAUGGCAGUUUGCAGGGUCUCGAAGCUUUUGACAAGCUGUCAUUAGAGCGGGGCAGGACGCUGGAUGUGGAGGAGCUCGACUCCGAGUCGUGGAGGGUCGCGAGUAUGGAAAACCGGAUUGAGGAGCUCGGUAGUCUCGGCGAAGGUGCCGGCGGAGCCGUUACAAAAGCCAAAUUGAAGGGUGGAAAGACCACAUUUGCCCUCAAGGUCAUUACCACAAAUCCCGAUCCCGACGUCAAGAAGCAGAUUGUGCGUGAGUUGGGCUUCAACAAAGAGUGCGCGUCGGAGCAUAUCUGCCGUUACUAUGGCGCCUUUGAGGACUCGACUACGGGAACGAUCUCAAUCGCCAUGGAAUUUUGCGAGGGUGGUUCCUUGGACAGUAUUUACAAGGAGGUGAAGAAGCUCGGCGGCCGGACGGGUGAGAAAGUCCUCGGCAAGAUUUCCGAGGGCGUCUUGCGGGGACUGACGUACUUGCACGGCAUGCGCAUCAUCCACCGAGAUAUCAAGCCAUCCAAUAUUUUGCUUUGCAGGAAUGGCGACGUUAAGCUAUGCGACUUUGGCGUCUCAGGAGACUUUGGUACCAAGGGAGAGGCCAAUACCUUCAUCGGAACCAGCUACUACAUGGCCCCGGAGCGUAUCACCGGUCAAUCCUACACCAUCACCUCUGACGUGUGGUCGACUGGCGUGACACUGCUGGAAGUGGCGCAACAUCGAUUCCCCUUCCCGGCCGACGGCACAGAGAUGCAGCCACGAGCUGGCUUGAUCGACCUACUCACCUAUAUUGUGCGGCAGCCGAUACCAAAGCUCAAGAACGAGCCGGAUGCCAACAUUUUCUGGAGUGAUAACUUCAAGUAUUUCAUCGAGUGCUGCCUGGAGAAGGAACCUACCAGGAGAGCGAGCCCAUGGCGGAUGCUCGAGCAUCCGUGGAUGGUGGAAAUGCGCGCGAAGCGUGUCAACAUGGCCAAAUACCUUGCUCAGGUUUGGGGCUGGGAUACCAAGCAAUGA